AUUAUGACCUCUAAUUGCAUAAUUAAUGAUAAUUCACCGUUGGAAAUAUCUCAACUCAUACAAAUUUGCGUUAAUUUAUUUGAUGAUGAUGUGAAGUCAGAAUCAUUUCCUUCAGCAUUCUUUCAUGCACAUGAAUGGAUUAUUGAUAGUGUUGAGUUGAUGGCAAGAUUUAUAUCACUCUAUCAGGAGUUAACAAGUCAACCAGCUCAACAAUUAUCGCUUUGUCGAGCCGUUGGUUAUUGGCUGAAUACAUGCCCUACUCAUUUCGAAGCUGCUGUUUGUAAGCUUGUCGAACAUCUUCAAAAAUUGGCUUUAGCUGAUGGAAUACCUAAUGCAGCUAAAUUACUCGACAUAUCAUGCUUGCCAUCAUAUCCUUGGCUUCGAAAUUCGUCAUUACGAAAUCCUGUUGGUCGCCAAAUAUCAUUAUCAUUCGAGCAGUGGAGCGCAGAAGAUAUUUCGACAUCACUUAGUCACAUUGAUUACAAGGCUCUUUAUAGGAUUCCAAUAAGUGAAUUAAAAAGGUACUGUAAAGAUGGAAAUUUAUCAUCGACUCCAAUUCUUAAACAGUCGAUUUCGAUAUUCAAUAGUUUAUCGAAUUGGGUUCAAUGUAUGAUAUUAAGUAAAUCAUCGCCGUCAGAACGAGCUGAAAUUAUGACGAAGUUCAUAAAUGUUGGAAAGUAUUUAAAAUUGCUAAACAAUUACAAUACGUUAAUGGCAGUAAUUGGUGGUGUAACACAUAGUAGUAUUGCUCGAUUAUCAAAAACUAUGUCAUGUUUAACUUCGGAUAUGAAAAAGGAUUUAUCAUCGCUAACUCAAUUGCUAUCAUCUGAAUCGAAUUUCGCUAAUUAUUGGUCGGUGUUAAAGGAUACGUCAGAUAGCUUUCGUGUUCCCAUCAUGGGAGUGCAUUUAAAGGAUUUGAUUGCAUUUCAUUGCAAAGGUGGUAAUAUGGAUCGGUACCGAACAUAUUCAUGCAAUCAAAUAUUGAAACUUGCUAAAUUAUUAUCAUUUUUUGUUAGUUUUAAUCGUAUGCCGCAUAACUUUCCAAACGCAAGUAUUGAUCUCAUUAACACUUUAAAGGUUUCAUUAGAUAUACGAUACGAUGAAGAUGAUAUAUAUCAUUUAUCACUCAAACGUGAACCUCGAACACUUCUUAGACCAACGAAAUCGGUGGUUUUCGCUGAUUGGGCUUCAGGAGUUUGCUCAGCUCCUGAUCCAGAAAAUAUAAACAAACAUAUUUCGGCAAUGGUAGAGGCUGUAUUUAAGCAUUAUGAUCAUGAUAAGGAUGGAUACAUCUCUCAAACUGAAUUUCAUCAGAUCGCUGGCAAUUUUCCAUUUAUUGCUCCCUUUGGUACGAUUGAUGUUGACAGGGACGGGCAGAUUAGCAAAUCGGAAAUGAAAGACUAUUUUAUGCAAUUAAAUAAACAUUCAAUGGAUUUUCGACGUGAAUUUAAGCAUAACUUCCAGGAGACAUCUUUUCUUACUCCCAUUUCUUGUGCUCAUUGUGGCAAGUUGGUGUGGGGUUUUAUUCGAGGAUUCAAAUGCAAAGACUGUGAAGUGGUUGUUCAUGCAUAUUGCAAAGAUAGUGCGGUCGUUGAAUGUCGUCGACAAAGCAGUUCACUUACUCUAUUACGAGUUUCUGCCCCUAGCUCUGUAAAACAGACUAAAAAAUUAUUUUUAAAUUCACCCGAUGAUGACGCUUUACCAUCGUUGGCUUGUGAAGAAGUCUUCGAUGAUAUAUCGCCUUGCUUAUCUGUUGGCGAUUUCAAUUCUGUUGAUGCAUCUGUCCGGUAG